CGUCUAUUUAUUUAUUUAUUUUGCCUCAUAAUAAUAAAAUUAUAUAAUUUAGAUUGAGUGAGAGAGAGAAUAAGAGGAUUGAGAUGUGGGAAACGCUUUCAUGGCUACUGUUUUUCUUCAUGCUCAUUGCCAUCCUUGUUAUUGUUGUUUAUCAGCUUAUAUGUCUUGCAGAUUUAGAGUUUGAUUACCUUAAUCCCUAUGACUCUGCAUCGCGGAUAAACAAAGUGAUUUUACCAGAAUAUAUCACACAAGGCGUUUUAUGCUUGUUGUAUCUUAUGACCGGGCAUUGGAUGAUGUUUAUUCUGGCUGCCCCGUACCUUUACUAUAAUACGAGACUGUAUACCCGGAGACAACACCUUGUCGACGUUACAGAAAUAUUUAACCAACUAGACGGGGCUAAAAAAGAGCGGCUUUUUAAACUUGGUCAUCUCAUUUUCCUCUUAUUUAUCACUUUAUUUUGGAUGAUCUAUAAUGCAUUGGAAGAAGAUGAAAUGUAGAUCAACAAGUAUCCAUAAUUGCAGCCAUAUGCAACAGAGUUCAAUCUAAGUUUUUUGGGUGGCUCAGAUGUUCAUCACUUGUAAUAUUACACUUUUGUGAGCUAUGUGGGUUUAUGAAUUAUGAGUUAUCACUUUUCUAUAUAGUUUUUGGAUUUAUUUUUUAUUUUCUAUAUUCUAAGAGGUGAGACAACUCUCUCUAUUCUCUUUUACAUGCCAGCACAUAGAACAAAAUUAAGCAUUCAUCUGUUGUUCAGCUUUAAAAAUUAGAUAAAUGUAAUAUCUAUUGU